AUGAGCACUGAAUCACAGGUGAAUUACCAGCUACUGAGACUAUAUAUAGACACAAUUCCAAAUUUUAAUGGUGACAAUAGUACUUUAGCAAUUUUCCUUGAACACUGUGAUCAUCUGAUUAACACCUAUACAAACUUGAACAAUUCUAGUGACCCCCUUAAUGGUUUUCUGAUAAGAGCUAUCGUAAGCAAAUUAACAGGCAAUGCUUUAGCUUUAGUAGGAAGUAGACCAGAAAUUAGAAAUUGGAAAGAUUUAAAGAUUCUUUUACGGCUCAGUUUUGGUGAUCAAAGGAAUUUGGGUUGCCUUGUUCAGGAACUAAUUGUUAUGAAACCUCAUAAGAAUGAAUCUUUCUUUAAUUUUGGGCAAAGAAUUCAAAAAGCUAGGAGUGCAAUAGCUUCAAAAUUAAUAUCUAUGGAUGUAUCAGUUGCAGAAAGAACUUUUCAGAUAAAAAAUUAUGACGAAUUGUGCUUGAAAACAUUUAUUCGUGGUCUCACAGGUAGAGUACAAGAUAUGGUUAGACUUAGAAAUCCAGAUAGCCUCGAAUUAGCUAUUUCAUAUGUGUUAGAGGAAGAAAAUUUCAUGCUUCAUCAGAGACAAUUUAAUCAAAGCUCUGGCAAUAUUGCUUUUAGUCAGAACCUUCCCAAAUCUUAG